AUGGGUAUCCCUUUUGAAGCUCUCAUGCCGUAUGGAAUCAUGCUUACCGUUCGUACCUCCACCAUACCAUUCAAACCCUCCGCUACAGGAACUACAAUACUGAGUACUCUGCAGAUGUUUGGCAUUACUGGCGCCGGAUUGUCUGGAGUUAGAGCUUUGCAGAAUGGUGGAAAGAGAGCCAGACAUUCCAUAGAUGCCUGGGACAGAACUGCUCUGUUUGGUAUUGACUGCGAUACAGUGAUGGAUCGUGAUAGGAGGUUGACUGGAUUUCUUCGAGGGCAAACCGAUAAUCCAAGUGCCCCGCUAGGAUUCGAGUUGAACAACCCAUGGAGACUCGAGAAAAGAUUCCUCUAG